AUGAUGCCUGUAAUUGGUAUUUUAUUACUGUAUUUUUCGAUACAACAUUAGGUGUAUUUUUCAGUUAUAUAUUUUUAAUUUAAUUUGAGAAAAAUAUACUUUCAAAAAGCACUUAUUUUGAAAAAUAUAAAUCAGGUAAUUACUUUAAAAUAAUAAGUCCAUCUUAGAAUAUAAAAUCUUUAGAUUUUCGAAAAAAUAUAUCCUAAAGAGAUUAAAAAAUACUAAAAACUAAUUUAUUAAGACCUAUAAUAAAAAUUGAUAUUAUUGUUUGGCUAGUUUAAUUAUUAAUAUGGAAUUCUAUUGUUUUUUUUGUAACACAAUAUUUAUUUUUUUCUUUAUUUUAUAUUUAAUAGUCUAAAUUGA